GGAAAGAGCCUUCCUCCAAAGCAGAAGCAGCACCGAGGAGACGCAGCAGAAGCAAAAACAGAAACAGAAGCAGCAGCAGAGGCAUCACCGAUGAAGAUCCGCCGCGGGGGUUCUAUCGGAGGAACCACCCAGAUCUAUUGCUGGAGGGGCUGGUCCGUCGCCGCCGCCGUUCGGGCUGCCACCGCGGUGUUGCUGGUGGUCGCCAACCCGAAUUCCUUCUCCGUCUCCGUGUGGUUUGCCACGCCUUCCGCGACGAAAGCCAUGGCCAUGGCCAUGGUGGUGCGCCGCCCCUCCGGGAGAUCCCUCUCGUUUGUGGCCCGGGCCGCCGGCCAUCUGGAAUUCCCGGGUGCGAGGGGACGGACCACGGCACCCACUCUGGGUUCCGGGGCAUCCUCGGCAAGGCACGGAAACGAAGGCGGAUGCGGACCGUUCCGACGGACCACCGGGGGACGACCGCCAACAAGCUCUCUGCUGCGUUCCUCGAGCAGCAGCACUAGCACCGGAAGCACCGAAACAGCCAGCGGCGGAGAGACCGGGAUGCCCGUCCGGAAGACGCGGGAAGAAGCCCUCCUGGCGGCCCUGGAGGAAUACCGGUCCGAGCGUGCCAGAUCCCUGUCCAAGUCCCCGGCCCAGGUCCUGUCGAACGCCGUGCUCCGGGGGAUUUGUUCCGAGACGCCCACGCCGACCACCCGGGCCGAGCUGCUCGGAAUCCGGGGCCUGGGGCCAAAGACGCUGCGGGCCCACGGCGACGGAAUCCUGGACGUCUUGUCGUCCACAGCCGGAGUCGAAAACAACAACAACAACAACAGCAGCAGCAACAACAGCAGCAACAAGGAUGGCGAUGCCAUUGACGGCGCUGUUCCGGAUCCUUUCGGCGGGGCACCGAACAACGGAACGGCGGGGUUUGUUGGAGAAUCUGCGCAGCCACCGCAACCAGGAGGAAACGGGCCACUCCGGGAGGCCCUGGAGGAAUACCGGGCCUCGCAAGCAAGGCUGCUGGGAAAGUUCCCGACACAGAUUCUUGCCAACACCGUGCUGGACCGGAUUUGCGCGUCGGAGCCCCUCCCGGCCACCACGGACCAGCUCCUCGAGGGAAUCAAGGGCCUGGGCCCGAAAAAAGUCAGCGACUUUGGCGACGGGAUUCUGGGCGUCCUUUCGGCCUAUAACGGUACCGCGGGCAGCAACAGCAACAGCAGCGCAAGCAACGACGACAACAACGGCAACAAAUAUCGCAUCGCCCCUGUACAAACAACCAAGUACGGCAUGGCCAAGGAUUCCUACGGCAUCGACGACGUGUCGUUGUUUUCUAUGGAAGCGGGGGCUACCUACUACCACGUCGCUCCCCAACCGGCUCCCACUGCUUCUUCCCCCGCGGUCGCCGGCACCAACGAAGCGGACCCGAUACCGGGAGCGGGCAACCAUCCGAUGAGCGCCGCGGAUCCGGUCGUUGCUGUUCCGGAUCUUGCUUCGGAUCCGGAAGGCCCGGAGCAGGAUUCCGACGACGACGACGAAGUCUUGGUGACCCUCGACACCGCUCCCUAUCUAGCUCCCCUCGACGACGAUGCCCCGGAUCCAGAUCUCGACCUAUGGGAAACUCCCGAAGAACACGACAAUUGGCAGGAGGAUACCGUGUCCUCUUCUUCGUUCUCUGUGGACUCCUUUGUAGCCCCCGCUCCCUAUUCGGCUCCUGUCGACGACUACGUUUCUCCGGCUCCCUUCUCUUACGACUCGUAUGUUGCCCCUGCUCCCUUCUCCUACCUAGACGACCAUGACAAAGAGAACGACGAAUAUGACUCCGACUACGACGAAGACGAUGUGUACGGCGAAGAAGACUACGAAAUUAGCGAAGAAAGCUUUGGUGCCGACUCCCCACCAAAGUCGGAAACAGAAACAGUGGAAAAAGAGGAGCCAAAAACAACAAACGCGACAACAAAAAUCAGCAAAACCCAGCUGAAAAAGGACCUAAAGGAAUACCGACUGCAGCAAAAGGAGGGCAACAAACCGGCCUACACCGUGUUCACAAACGCCGCACUGGAUGGGAUAUACAGAGAACUCCCAACGACAGAGAGCGAAUUGCUCGACGUCAAGGGCAUUGGUCCCAAAAAGGUGGAGCUCUACGGGGACGACAUUCUAGACAUGGUUUCGAAAUACACCGGCAUCAAGGCAAGAGACCGCGGCGGCGGAGACGACGAGGCAGAGGGGGAGCUCCCCCUCGCCCCGAAACAAAUCGAGUUCGAAAGCCUCACGGAAGAGCAGCGCAAGGCGGCGGAAUGGAUCUUUGGGAACGCCGGCGAGGAUCACGACGAGGAGGAUUCGGCCCCUCGCAACGUCUUUGUCACGGGCUCGGCGGGGACGGGAAAGAGCCACCUCCUGAAGUACAUCGUGCACGCGCUCCAGUCGAGGGAGUCGGACGGAACCGGCGAGGCCAGGGUGGGGGUCUGCGCCCCGACCGGGGUGGCGGCCGUCAUCGUCGGGGGCAGCACGCUCCAUUCCUUUUUCGGAAUCGGCCUCGGAAAGGGUUCCCCUUCCAGCAUUCUGCAAAAGGUCCGAAAGAACAGCUCCGCCAUGGACCGGAUCGACGACACGGACGUUCUCAUCAUCGACGAGUGCUCGAUGAUGUCCUCCGAGCUGCUGGAAACACUGGACAUGGUGUCGAGGAGGAUUCGGAACGGUGGUGUGUUCCGGGACGAGCCCUUCGGGGGCAUGCAGGUGAUCGCUUUUGGAGAUUUCUUUCAGCUGCCCCCCGUCUACCGGAACGACGGGACCAAGGAUUGGACGUGGCGCCCGUUUUGUUUCGAAUCCCCUGUAUGGGAAGACCUCGGUCUGUCGGAAAACGUGGUCGAGCUCCGGGAGGUCCAGAGGCAGGAGCACGGGGAUUUUGUGGAUCUGCUCAACAAGGUAAGGAUCGGAAAGGUGACCGAACAGGACAUUCGAGAACUCAACAGGCAGUGCUUGAUCGGCCCAAACAACCCGAUACCGACGGACGGAAUUCUUCCGACCCGUCUCUACGUGCUCAACAAGGACGUCGAUUCGGAAAACAUCAACCGCCUCGCCGAACUGAAGGGCAGGGAGAUUGUUUGCAAAGCGAGCGACAACUGGAGACAAAGCAUGCCGCUGGGGACACCCGCCGCAACCAAGAAGAAAAUGAAAGAGAGUAUCGCAAUGGAGAUUCCGGACGAGGUGCGGCUGAAGAUCGGUGCACAGGUAAUGCUGACGCGGAACAAGGACCUGCAGCGAAACCUCGUCAACGGAUCGAGGGGCGUCGUAGAGCGCAUCGUGAAAGGCCCGGAGGGGAACCCCGUUCCGAUCGUCAGGUUCGACUCGGGGCUCGUGACGAAAGUACCCCCGGUGGAGUCGGAGCGGUUCAAUCCAGACGGCGGGCCGGGUUGCCUGGUCCGCAAGCAGAUUCCCCUGAAACUGGCCUGGGCGAUCACGAUCCACAAGAGCCAGGGGAGCACCCUGACGAGAGCCUCGCUGGACAUCUCUUCGGCGUUCGAGUACGGACAGUGCUACGUUGCGCUGAGCCGGGUCAAGAGCCUGGAAGGACUCUGGCUCGAAAAGCCGGCAAGCCUCCGCCACAUCAAGGUCAGCCCGCAGGUUGUGGAUGCUUUUGGUGGACUGGAAUAAUGAGGCAUCGAAUCGCAUGUUUUCAAAACAACAAAUUCGUUCAGGAUCGAGCCGAAACGCAUCGCAAUGGAUGGUGCCUUUUCAAUCCAUUUUUUCAGGACAGAUAAUAAGAGAACUAUUGCUGA